AUGUCAUGUUCAGAUGUUUCAUUAUUGCUUUCAACUAUUCAGAUAGCAUUACAGCAGUCAAAGAAGUCACUUAAAGAUUUAACGAGCUUGUUACCUAUAGAUAAGGGGAUAUCAUUAUUAUCAUUGAAAUCACAUUUGUUUUUGUCAUAUUUACAUAAUCUUGUGUUUUUAAUUCUUUUGAAGAUACGUGGUGAAUCUAUUUCUGAAGGAAAAUAUGUAUCUAUAGUUGAACGUUUGAUAGAACUUAGAAUUAUAUUGGAGAAAGGAGUGCAGCCGAUUGAAACAAAACUUCGGUAUCAGAUAGAUAAGAUUUUGGCUAAUGUUGAGAAACACUCGUUUUCUGAAAAAGCUCAAUUGGAAAAAAUAGAUGCACUUUCAUAUAAACCAAAUCCUGAGAGUCUUGUAUCUGAAGAUGUGUUGGAUGUUAAAGAUGAUUCACAUAAACAGGAUGUUUAUCGUCCCCCUAGAAUAUCUUCUACAUUGCCGUCUGAAUAUGUAGAACAUCGUAUGCAGCCAAAUCAUACGCUCCGUGAUUUCAUUACUUCAGAAAUGUCAUUGGCACCUAUAUCGGAGCCGUCUAUUGGUUCUAAUAUUCUUUCUUAUGGAAAGAGGCUUCACUCUGCUUCAGCUCAAGAACAAAGAAAUUUUGAAAGAAAAAGGCAAUAUGAGGAAGAAAAUUUUGUACGUCUUCCAAAAGAAAAUAAAAAAAAUAAAAAAAAGCGUCAGGAUUUUGUUUUUGGUGGUGAAGAUUGGAGAAUUUUAGAUAGUGAACUUUAUUAUCCACCUUUAAUUAAAGAAGGGAUAGUCUCUAAAAGCCUUAAAAGAACAGAUGAUCAAGACGAUGGUGUUGCAGGAAGUUUUGGUGCUGAUUUCCGUAGAAAGAAAAAAGCAUUAGCUAAGAAACUAAAAUUAAAGACGAAAAAAAAGUAA